CAGCCGCAUUCCUCGACUGGGUCUGUCUGUGACUGGGUCGAGCGACUGCGGCGCCCCUCGCGGCGGCCCCGCGCCGCGCUCGCAGCCCCCCGCGCUCGACCCGCCUGUCUCCCCCGGGCCCCGGCUUGCUUCUUUCUACACUUCAGUCGUUCGCGCGCGCCUUUUGCGAUAACUCAUCUAUAUGUUCGCUUUUUAUCGCGUGCUGUGUUUACAAUACUGUGUUGUUAUUACGAAGAUUAACCAGGCAGUGAUCAGUGUCAGUGACGGAGUGUGAAAAAUUGUACACGGUUUAGUGAAAGGAUUAUUUGUGCACCGUUGGCGAUCGGCGAGACGGCCACGGCAAGCGCCGAGCUCAGCUCGGGACAUGUGGUCAGUGCGGUCAAGCGCCGGCGCGGCGUGAUGCGCGGGCGCGAGCUAGCGGGCCGGGUGGCGUGCUUGCUGCUGCUGACAUGCGCGGCACACGCCACGGCCACCGAAGUGGCGGCCCAAGAAGUAUGUCCAUCAAUGGACAUCCGGAACAACCCGGAGUCCAUGCAGAAGCUGAAGGGCUGCCGCAUCAUCGAGGGCCAGCUCAGCAUCGUGCUGAUGGAGCACGUCACCGCCAAGUACUACAACAUGAGCUUCCCCGAACUCUACGAGGUCACCGGCUACAUCCUCAUUUAUAGAAUGCAACACGUCGGCAACCUCGGCGACUUGUUCCCCAACCUGUCCGUGGUCCGCGGCCUGCAGCUGUACAAAGACUACUCAGUUGUAAUCUUUGACAAUGAGAACCUAGUGUCCCUGGGUCUCCGGUCGCUGACUCACAUCGAGCGAGGCGCUGUGCGCAUUCAGCACAACGACCGGCUCUGCUAUGUCAACACCAUAGACUGGACCAAGAUCAUGGGCGAGCGAGCUGAGAACAACGUUAUAAAGGGAAACUACGACAGCCGACUGUGCGGGCUGUGCCCCGACGCACAGAGCCGGGACCGAGACCCUCGGCACUCCGGCUCCUGCCCCGCCGACGACAGUGGCCGGCUAUUGUGUUGGAACGAAAAACAUUGUCAGAAAGUGUGCCCCUCGAGUUGCGGCAACAGCUCUUGCCUCGACGACGGCAAGACGUGUUGCGACUCGCACUGCCUCGGCGGCUGCGACGGCCCCGGCCCCGACCAGUGCCGCGUGUGCAAGGACUACUCGCUUGGCUACGGGAAAAACCGCAAGUGUGUCAGGGACUGCCCCUCCAACAUGUACAAGCUGUACCGCCGUUGUGUAAGCGAGUUGGAGUGUCGCGCCAUGAAGCCACUGAACGAUGACGCCAGCAACCGACAAGAGAUCAACAUCCUGGCUUACAAAACGCUCAAUGACUCGAAAGAGGGCGCCAAAUGCGUCUACAUCUGUCCGAGCGGAUUCCAGGAGUCCGGUGACACUCGGCGUGCGGAGUGCGUGCGGUGCCCGGCGUCGGGCUGCAGCCGGCAGUGCAGCGGCGGCAACAUCGACUCUGCUGCCGCGGCCGACCGGUUCAGAGGCUGCACCAUCAUCAACGGGGACCUCACCAUCUCGCUACCGGCCACAGGAAACAUCGUGCGAACGCUGGAGACGGCAAUGAGCGACGUCCGCGAGAUCCGAGGACGGCUCAAAAUCUUCCAAUCUAUGCCGCUCGUGUCGCUCAUGUUCCUCAACAAGAUCGAACGCAUCAUAGCCAAUCCUAAAGCUAACAGCACCGAAGCGCUAACGAUAUACAACAACCGUAACUUGGAACUGCUAUGGGACUGGGAGAAGAGGAAAGCCGAGAACAAGACGCUGGAGAUCAGGGGGAAGGUGGUCAUCCAGUUCAACCCUAAGCUGUGCCCCAGCGAGAUCAACAUGCUCAAUAACAUCCCCUACAAAAAUGAGCCGAAUAUCGAAAAUGAUAACGGAGAUGAGGCGUUUUGUAACCAGGAAGUCCUUACGUUAGCGCCGACCCGGUUCGAAACCGAUAGGGUUGUCCUCAGCUGGAAUCCCUACUGCGUCCCUGACUCCCGCAAGCUUCUCGGUUACUCGCUUUACUACAUCAUGACUGAACAGAACGUCACGCUUUACGAGCAGCGCGACGCCUGUUCCGACACAUGGAACGUGAUCGAUUUCGCUAUCGAAGACAACCGCACGGCACCCCUGAGUGGCUGUAACCGACAGAUGCUAUUCAAAGUAGUGGCCAACCUUAUCCCGGACACGCAGUAUGCGGCCUAUGUGAAGACAUUCACCACGCGCAUGGACAACACCAGGGGGGCGCAGAGCCCUAUCAUAUACUUCAGAACUUUACCUGGACGUCCCAGCCCGCCCACAGUGACGGUACGCGAAGACUCACGCGCGCAGCACAACGUGACAGUGGAAGUGACGCCGCCCGUGCGGCCCAACGGCACAAUCGUCGAGUACGUGGUCGAAGUGCAAGCCAACAACUACAACCUGCCCAAGAUCAUGGCCAGCAGCAUCGACUACUGCAGCAACCCGAGUUUGCUAUCCAACAUCAUAGCAGCUAAAUCCGAAGUGCCGCAAAAGGACGAAACUUCCAUGACUGGUGACGCGAAGAACGGCACAUGUCAAUGUCGGGAGGAGACCGAACGGUCCACCAAAUUUGAUUCCCGGGCGGAGCAAGAGCGCACCGAUACCAUCUCCUUCGAGAAUGAUCUGCAGAACUUGGUAUACAUCAAGCAAACGAAAACGACGAAAUCCAAGCGAGAGACGCGGAUCAGACGGUCGAUUGAUAGUACCGUCGUCAGCAGCAUGCUAGUCAUCGUGAAGCCCCCGGAAGGCGGACCCGACACCAUCCUUAAAUCAAAUAACACGGAUGUUGAAGGCUUCCUAAGCACGCAACACUACUCACUGCCGGGCAAUACGCGCGAGCUGACCAUCGAAAACCUGCGCCACUUCUCGUGGUACACCGUCAGCCUGUGGGCAUGUCGCGGGCGGCAUCCCAACGAGACGCUCUCAGAGUUCAAGAAGACGCGGUGCUCUGAUCGCGCUUUCUACACGUUCAGGACCACUGAGCUGAGUUCCGUGGAUAUGGUCAGCAACGUGCGUGCGUACGAGCUGCCGUCUAACAAGACGCUCGCGGACGUGAACGUGACGUGGGACCCGCCUGUCAAUCCCAACGGGUUCGUCGUGGCUUACUCCGUGUAUCUGGUGCCUGUGGAGGACAACACGAAGAUGCAGUACGGCGUAAAGAACCAGCGUUGCGUCCCACAAACGGACUACGAGAACAACGGGCGCGGGAUAGUGUUCCACUCCAUGUCUGCCGGCAACUACAGCAUCACGGUCACGCCCAUCACCGUCAGCGGCGCCGGGAACGCCUCGCACCCCGUGUACUUGUUCAUUGCGGAGCGUGCUGCGGAAUCCGGCUACGAAUGGAUCUGGGGAGUGGUGGGCGGCAUCCUCAUAGUAGUGCUAGUGAUGGCCUUCGUGGCGUGGUACGCCCGGCGGGGCCUACUCCUGCCCACGGAGGGCAACAAGCUGUUCGCGUCCGUCAACCCGGAGUACGUGUCGACCGUAUACGUUCCCGACGAAUGGGAAGUGCCGCGCGCCAACAUCGAGCUGGUGCGCGAGCUGGGGCAAGGAUCGUUCGGCAUGGUAUAUGAAGGCAUUGCGAAAGGCAUUGAAAAAGGAAAACCGGAAACUCGAUGCGCUGUGAAAACUGUCAAUGAACACGCCACUGACAGGGAGCGCAUCGAGUUCUUAAACGAAGCUUCAGUUAUGAAAGCAUUCGAUACGUUCCACGUGGUGCGACUGUUGGGAGUCGUGUCCCGCGGGCAGCCAACUCUUGUGGUGAUGGAGCUGAUGGAACACGGGGAUUUGAAGACCUACCUGCGGUCACAUCGGCCUGACUCCGACAACUCGCUACCCAAGAAGGAGUCAAGCGAACCUCCACCCACGCUGCAGAAUAUACUGCAGAUGGCUAUAGAAAUAGCCGACGGUAUGGCCUACCUAUCGGCCAAGAAGUUUGUGCACCGCGACCUCGCGGCGCGCAACUGUAUGGUCGCCGGCGACCUCACGGUCAAAGUGGGGGACUUCGGCAUGACCAGAGACAUUUAUGAGACUGAUUAUUAUAGGAAAGGCUCCAAGGGCCUGUUACCCGUUAGGUGGAUGAGCCCCGAGAGCUUAAAAGAUGGGGUGUUUUCAAGUAGUAGUGACAUAUGGAGUUUCGGAGUCGUCUUGUGGGAGAUGGCAACGCUCGCUAUGCAGCCAUAUCAGGGUCUGUCAAACGAGCAAGUCCUCCGCUACGUGGUGGAGGGCGGCGUGAUGGAGCGGCCGGAGCACUGCCCGGACCGGCUGUACGAGCUCAUGCGCGCGUGCUGGGCGCACCGCCCGGCGCAGCGGCCCACCUUCCUGCAGCUGGUCAACGACCUCGCCUCCACCGCCGCGCCCUACUUCCGCCCGCGCUCCUUCUUCCACACCCCGCAGGGGCAGGAGCUCUUCGCGCUGCAGCGGACUGCUCAAGACGAGGAGCAGGAGCUGCCGGGCGUGAACGUGGGCGCCGUGGCGACGGGCUCGGGCUCCAACCUGUUCGGCGUGUCGGGGCGGCUGGCGUCGUGGGUGCGCGAGCUGUCGUCGCUGCGCUCGCACGCGUCGGACGACGCGGCCGCGGAGCCGCUGCAGCCGCAGCCGCCGCUGAAGCUGCAGCCCGGUGGUGGUGGUGGUGGUACCGGGCCCAACGGCGUGCUGCGCGACGAGCGCUACUCGCGCGACCCGGCCGCCACGGGCUGCUAGCGCCGCGAGCCCCGGCCCCAGAGGCCCAUACCGAAUCUACCUCCGGUCCGUCGGCCGAGCCGACCGACUUCGAAUCCUAGCCGUAAGCGUAGUUAGCGAAUUACUCGACGAGCCGCCGAACCCGCGAGCGUCGCUAUAUAUUUUGUAAACGAUCGUCGACCGUGCGUAUUUCGAGCCGAGCUAUCAUUGUUGUCGCGCGUCGCCGCGCCGCCCGCGCGGACGCUCCCGAUUUAUUUUUAUUUAUAGUGUAAAUUUAUAUAUUUAAGGGAAAGUUCUUAAAUCUUCUCUGCAUUUAUAACUGUAAUUUAUUGCAUACGGAGUGUGCCGACUUGCAGAGGCGACGUUAUCUAGAAUUUAAAUCUAGUUAAUUAUUUCGUUAAGGUUUCGUCACUGACGCGACGACGCGUCGACCCGCGUCUGACGACUCGUUUUCAUAUCAGGAAAUUAAUAUUUUUGGCGAUAUUUAAGCCGGUCCGUCGACGGACGCGAAUCCUAUAUAGUUUACCUCAAUCGAUAGUUGUAUCGGUGUCAUAUUUGACAUAGCCUAUUAAUGUUAAGUUUAUCGAGUAAGAUGUAAUUUUUAUAUUAUUGUGUAGGUGUAAGAUCGUGUACGAGUUGUGUUAUUAAUUUCCUGAUAUCGAGCCCGGCCGCCGGCCGCCGAGCGCUGCGCGACCAUAGCGACUCCACUAUGUUGACGCUACAUAUAGGUAAGGAGUGUUUCUCCUUACUAUGCAUCAUUAUUUCUGCAUCUUGUGCUUUAUUUUUUUAUAAGUGACAUACAUUUUCCCGCCCAUACUGCUGUAAUAGUUAUGUUAAUUGAUAAUUAAUAAAAUUUGUGCAAACAAAUGGUCCUAAUAAUGUAAUAUUGUAAUACUCAUUAUCUGAUCCUUAGUUUUUCAUUAAAUUAAGGGUAUCUAUGGAAUAUGUAAUGUUUUCAAUCGGAUUUACAGUAAAGACUUGAAUUAUUAUUGAAUUCUAAAUUUAGCCUAAUCAUUGUUACUUAUUAUUUGUUAAUAAUAUGUAAUAGUUCAAAUUAUAGCCGUAUGUAUUGACAUAAAUAAAUGUAUCCAUGUAUAAUUCUUUAUAAUUUCCAGGAUCAUAAUUAAUAUAUACACUUAUGUAAAUAAUUACUAUGAAAACAAUGUGUUCUAUAUCAAUUAUACAAUAAACAUUACUGUAAUUUAUAGUCAUCUUUAAAUAGUGAUUGUGUUAUUAUUGUUGCGUAUGAAAAUUUACAUAAUGUACAGUUAAAUAAGUCGCAUCGUGCAGCACUAAUGUAUCGUAAACAACUCGCUCUCUGCUCGAAACGUGCCAACUAGACGUGCUCUUUGCUGAGAGCCACAAGGUAUAGUUUAUAUUAUAUCGCAGCUAUAUCAUUAGCACGUUCCGAGCAGACUACUUUAAUGGUAGUCGCGCGGUCAUCCUCUGUCUGUCGCGUAGUAACUUAAGUUUAUACGAAAUCAUAAAUGCGACAGAACAGGGGACGGGCGCGUUAAUCAAUGUUUGUAUCUGAAUAUAAUGUGGACUUGCAUAAAUGUAAUUUAAAUAGCAAUGCAAAACAAUGCAAAUAUCUGUACUUGUAAUAACAUAACUUACGCAAUAUUGUUGUGUCAUGUUUUUUAGGUAUCAAGUAUACAGUUCUGAAGUGAAACAACAUAGUAUUCCAAUGUAGAACCCGGAUUGUACUUAACGCCCGCGCGAGUGUUUUCACACGCGGCGUCGCGAGCGAGGCCUCGUGCGGGUCUCCGGCUAUGUUCAACACGUUUUAUACUUAACCAGUUCAAAAAGUUUCAUUUAUACAUAAUCGGUAAUCACGCCACAAGUUAAAAUAUAAGGGCAUCGGAUGCAGCGCCUGUGAGGCGCUGUACUAGUGUUCUAAGUGUAAACGAGUGCCUUGAUACAUCCAGCCUUAGCGGAAUGCAGGUUGGCUGACCGCGCGCCCGUGCGCCGUGCGGUCCGGACCGUGCCACAGAAAUACGAUCCAGUAAAGGUUGGGUGGGCAUGGGGCAUGUCUAACGAAUGGCUAGCAGUAAAUAUUGUAAUGGUUUUAUACGAUUCCGUUCGAUGCACCGUGGCCUUCCGCGUCGCGCCGCGACGCGGCGGUGACGGCGAGCCUCCGUCUCCGUCGGGCUCAAGGCAAGUUGCAUUCGCCGUAGUCUAAUAUAAGCUCACGAGAGUUUUGAUUUCAAAUUGUUUUCCAAAGUUGAAAUCCAAAUAAUUCUUUAAUUUUAGAAAGUGCAUAGUGCCUUUUGCUCAAUUUAUGCAAAUAUUGUAGGUACCGAUUAGCAUAGUGAUUUAAAUGUAGAGCCAUGUUUUCGUUCCACCUUUUAUUGGCGAGCAGUGGCGCCGCGCCGGCGGCGGCGCGAACCGACGAGUGGCCCGCGCCGCUCCUCGCCUCGCGUGCGGACACGAGGCAAGGAGCGGCGCGCGAGCGCGCACAACGUUGCCUCACACCGCGUUCCCUGCGGCCUGUCUUAUCACUUGCGCUCUUGUUUUCGACAGUAUUUAUUAUAUUGUGAUUUUUCCACCUUUUUAUCGUAGCUGCUGUAUACAUACCUCAUUUUAGUAAUUAUAUUAUGCGCAUAAAUUAUUGACUGAUAAUAAAUAUAAUAUUUCCAAAUGAUUGUGUUCCUUGUGUGAUGUGUGUGUGUUUGUGUAAUGGUGUAAGUGUCGGGGUAGCGUUGUGCUCUAUGCUCAAUUUAGAUACAAUUCACCAAACUUUUGAGGUAGUGUUGGAUGUACGGGUCAUUCCGCCGAUACGGAUUCACGACGAGCGCGUGUAUAUCCGCUCUUAUAGACUGAAGUAGAAUCGCGUAUCUGCCAACACACCAUUAACCGUUUUAACAUCGUCAGUGGUUUAGAUAAUUUAUGAUGAAUUUACCUAUUUAUAGUCACACACUAAAAUAUAAACUUUAUUGCCGCUUUAAUAGGUUCGUUUAGUUUAGUUAGUUUCUUUAGACGAUAGGGGUUCGAUAUUUUAUGAAUGAAGAUUGCAGCAGCUUGUUAACUCUAACGAUUAUUUUUAAAUAGCCUAGUUGUACGCUUUUGGCAGCGCGGGUAUCAGACGGACUGUCCUGUGCCGUAACGGUGGAAUGACACUUAUUAUUAGACCUAUUUAAUUUAAUGACAACCGAGUACCUAUUAAUAAUAAUUUUAAUAUUUAUAUUAAUAAAAAAGUUGCAAAAAUAA